AAGCAACCCAAAUUGAAAGCCAAAAGGUCAAAUUUGGGAUCUUUCAUCUAUUAUCAAGUAGUCAAGUUUAUUCGAGCUGAAGAGAAGGGAGUCCCGCCUGAGACAUUCCACCAUUAACCGACGGCUGGGAGGUUGUUGAUCGACGACUCACAUCCAAUUCUGCGUUUCAUCCCAAUUUCUAGGCGAUAUAUGGCUUCUACUUUCCGUGCAUUUUUGAACAGUCCUGUUGGCCCUAAAACAACUCAUUUUUGGGGCCCUGUUGCCAACUGGGGAUUCGUUGCUGCUGGGCUUGUGGACAUGAAUAAACCUCCUGAAAAGAUAUCUGGCAACAUGAGUGCAGCGAUGUGUGUUUAUUCAGGAUUAUUCAUGAGGUUUGCGUGGAUGGUUCAGCCUCGUAAUUACUUACUUCUAGCAUGCCAUGCUUCAAAUGAGACUGUUCAACUAUACCAACUUUCCCGGUGGGCAAGGGCUAAUGGGUACUUGUCUCAAAAGAAAGACGAAGAUACAUCAUCACAAUGAUUCAUUGGAUUUACUGAUCUUCAGUUGGCACUUCUGUUGCAUUUUGUAUCAGCGAUUGAAUUAUACAUUUGUACGCCACCUCACCACACCAUGAAUUUAAGAAGAUUGUGCAAGAAAAUUUAAGUUUACCUGAAUUCUUAUGGUGUUACUUUCUUUUCCAUGAUCAAAUUUUCAGUUAUGGCAACAUAUACUUGCUGGUUGCUGCUAAACAUUUCUAACACUUGAUAUCGUUAUGAUGUUCAGAACGUUUUGGUUA